AUUGAUGAAUGGAAAAAUCGUAGGGACGGCCAUUAAUGCAGCAAGCACACAUGCUUCCACUCCUCAGAAGAACCUCCUCACUACUUCCCUCAAUCUUCUCAUCCCUAACCCCUCAUUCCUCCCCUGCACUCCCACUUUCUCUCUCUAAACUUAUCAUCAUGGAAAUCCCCAAUUCGGGGCUUUCCGGGAGACUCGUGGUUUUGGCCCAACAGCUGCGCCUCUACAAGCCGCCGCCGACGACAUCGGAUGAUGACGAGGAGGAGGAGCAGAGGAUGGAGGAGAGCGCAGAGAAAGUCGUUGCGAAGGUGGGAUUCCCGGAAUCCGCAACUUCGGCGGCCCAAGUGCGGACUGCUGAGCGGUUCAGCCCGAAAAGGGCGGCGGUUCUGAUCUGCCUCUUCGAAGGGGAUGGUGGCGAGCUUAGGGUUAUUCUCACUAAGCGAUCGUCGCAGCUCUCUACUCAUUCUGGUGAAGUGUCGUUGCCUGGAGGGAAAGCGGAGGAGAAGGACGCCAAUGAUGCUGAGACAGCAACGAGGGAAGCAAAAGAGGAGAUAGGGCUGGAUCCUUCACUUGUUAAUGUGGUUACUUGCCUCGAACCGUUCUUAUCGAAGCACCUCCUCAGGGUGAUUCCUGUUAUCGGCAUACUUUCCAACAAGAAAGACUUUAAUCCUUCCCCAAAUGCCGCUGAAGUAGAAGCUGUUUUCGAUGCUCCCUUGGAAAUGUUCCUCAAGGAUGAGAAUAGAAGAUGUGAAGAACGAGUGUGGAUGGGCGACAAGUAUCUGAUCCACUAUUUUGAUUAUGAAAUAGACGACAAGAAGUAUGUCAUUUGGGGUUUAACUGCUGGAAUUUUGAUUAGGGCAGCUUCGAUCGUGUAUCAGAAGCCACCUGCUUUUACAGAGCAAAACCCCAAAUUCAAAGUUCCAAGUGGUGUGCUGAAAGACACUACCUUGCCUUAAGAUAGCCAGAUAUGUUCAUAUACUACCCCCCGUUGUGAAAAAGCAAUCUAGCUUGGAUUCACAAACAUUUCCUAAUCGGUAUUCUUAAUUGCUCAAAUAAUCCUGUUUCAUCAUCCUAAUAAUAAACCUGAAACAAGCCAGACUUUGGAUCAUGUAUUGGUGAACUGUAAACUGAGGGAAUCAAUGCUAGCACGGGUUAAAUAAGUCUGGGAGCAUACUUACCAGAAUGCUUCUGAUAAGAGUGACAAUGGUUUUAGCUGCUGAGAAGUCGAUUGGAACUAUGAGGUUUGCUGUUUGCACCACUAUACAAAUCAGCUGAUCACAGUUCUGUUGUUGAAUUUGAAGAACACAGUACUUCUUACAUUGAUGUUAGAAGUUGAGAAAUGAUUAGUUUUAGGUGUUGGGGUGGGACGGCUAGUUAAAAACAUCCAUUUGUUAGCAAAGCUCAAAUUUGAUGACAAAGGUAUGCAUGCUUUGUUGUAUUUGUGAACCCAAAACUGCUUAAUUCGCGUAAAGUAAUCUGUUAUCGAAGUUAUGUUA